AUUGAAGCUGAGGGAGCUACCGCCCCACUAACGGAGCUACUCAAUUCGGCAAACGAAGGAGUUGCCACGUACGCCGCUGCCGUCCUUUUCAAGAUGAGCGAGGACAAGUCGAUGGACUACAAGAAGCGUUUCUCCAGCGAGCUCACCACUCUACCCGUGUUCCGCGAUGAUAGCAUGUGGAAUAACGGCGAACUCGGCAUUGGGCCGGAUUUGCAGGACAUUCUGUCACCGGAGCAAGCGUACGAGGGUCUGUAUGGACAGGGCCCGGCAAGCGUGCACAGCUCGCACGGAGGUCGUGCUUUCCAGCAAGGCGGUGGACCAGGGUACGAUACGCUGCCGAUAGAUUCAAUGCAGGGUCUGGAAAUUGAUGGAGGCAAUUCCGUUAACAACGUUCUACCGAUUGGUUCGGCUGGUCCGACUGGUAACCAGCAGCAAUCCGUUGUCGGUAGUGGUCCAAUCGGUAUGUCGUCGUCUGGCCAGCCAACAUCGCCGUAUGGCAUGGAUAUGGAUGUUGGCGAGAUGGAUGCCAGCGAGCUCACGUUUGAUCAUCUGGACGUCAUGCCGUCGCCUCCGCAGGACAACAAUCAAGUAGCCGCCUGGUACGAUACCGAUCUCUAACCAUAUGGAUUGUAGACAACAAAUCUGUUACUCAAAAUGUCUGUUGAGUUCGGCACAGCCUCAACAAACGUCCUGGAUGGGUAAACGGACAUCGUGCAGCACAGAGUAUGUUUCAGACAUUAUUUUACCCUCUUUUUAUAACGAAUUGCUCAGCAUACUAAUACAUUUAUCUCCCACCGUGUCGUGGAUGUUGGAACGGAGGAUUUUCGAUUUUCUAAUUGACUUCUAAUCAUUAUGGACGACUCGCACAUUUCUCUUGGCAAAAUAGCUGCACAGCGGAAAUAGUGUCCGCUUUUGGGUUAGAAAUACAUUUUAUAAUCAGCAAUCAAUUAUUAUUAUACAUAAGAAACUAUGUAGAUGGCGAAAUAAAUCAGAAUAACAAGAGAAAUCCUUCUGAUUUUCUCUUAUGAUUUUUUUAAUAUAAAAGAAGUAAAUAAAAUAUCUUGAUACAUGGAGGAAACAGUGAACCUCUAAACUCAAAACAGUGUCAGUAGUGCAGAAGUUGAUGCUGCUGCGCCUGCAUGAUUUGACGUUAGCAAGGAAAGGAUUGUUUACGCAAUCAAUUACUGCUUCUUUUCAACAGCUUCGAUUUCUAAAUUUAAAAGCCUACUUCGUGCUAAUAAGGUAGUGUUUCGUAUAAGAUCUCUCGGCAUUAUGCAAACCAUGUCGGAUUUGGCGAUUCAAUCAAAGAAAGCUACCCCUGAUUCAUUCUUUCAAUCAAAGCUGCUUGUGGAAUGCAAAAACACAUUUUGUGCCUUUUUAUUUUCAAUCGUAUUUUAUCAUUUUUGAUCUUUAUCUGCAAUUUAUUAUAUAACUUUUAUGAGAAAUGAUUUACUUCUGGCUGCUUUCGUGUUCAAUGUUGUUUCGAGCACCAAUUAAGGGGUGGUUGGCUAGGAGAAUAUUUUAGAAACCUGUAUACGCGCUGCACAUUGUGGAACGAAGUAGAAAACUGGCAGAUGAUCGUAAAAUCGUAUAUUGACAUCAUUAAACAUCCAUUCGAAAUUGCACGAUUGUUGAAUGCAAUGCAUCACACUCCCUUGGUGAGAUUUUUUUUUUAGGAAGGAGGUGUGCUAGUAAAUGCAAAACAGCGGACCGGUAUAGAAUUGCAGCUAGAUUCGUUAAGUUAGAAUCCUAGAAAGUGCUUCCACAAUGAGCUAUAUGGGUCGGAGCAAACUUUUACAGGGAUGUUAUACACGCAGCAAACAAACUACACAUAGGCUCCUCUCCUCUCAUAUUUUAUCCACCAUUAUAUGAAACCUGCAUGGACCAUAAAUAUCGAAGAGAUGACUAGUGUUUUGAAUAAAUCAGGCUUAGAGAAAUUGAGACAAGUUACGAGGAGAGAGCGAAGUGUAGACAGAUGAAAAAAGAACUAACUUGACACUUUGCGUUUACAAGCAGUGCCUGAACGUACAGCGAUUGUCCCGUACGCGAUGCAAAAUUUCAAACAAAUUCAAAGACAGCGGUCACGAACCCCGCGUUUGUAAAAUGUAUAAGUUUUGGCAACGCUCGCGCGACAAUCUCAAUACGUUUAGGAUCUGCUAUAUACGGCUGCUAGAAUAUGAUCCUACGCUAUAAUUUCCUCCUCAAACACAUGGACAUUGAAUAAUUUGGAAUAAGAAAACAACAUCAUAAGUAUAUAUUUCCCAUGUGACAAAUGUUGCAUAAUGAUCACAAAUAUAUUCAUUACUUAUAUUAUUCGCUAAA